AUGAAAGGCCUUAGUCUUGGGCUUCCACUUCUCGCACCCUUGGCCAAUGCAGUAGUAGCGCCCACGGUAGAUCUCGGAUACACGAUCCACCAAGCUGCAGUCGAGGGGGAGCCGGCAUGGCUCAGUCAAUUCGGGCAGCCGGUCGGGAACCUCACGGAAGUACCUCCAGUCGCUAUAGCAGACCUCCCUGCCAUCGACCCCAGCAUCAGCGAGGACUGUCUGUACUUAGACCUCUUCGUGCCGGAAGCCGCGUUCCAAGCAAAGGAAGAUCGAAAGUCUUCGGUGGUCAUUUGGAUCCACGGCGGAGGAUACGUGUCGGGAUGGAAGUCUCUGUAUGGCCCUGGACUCGGUCUGAUGGAGACAGCGAAACAGGCCGGACAUGAUGUGAUCUUUGUUUCUAUCAAUUACCGCUUGGGGCUAUUCGGGUUUCUGGCCGAUCCGGAUUCUAAUGAAGUUACAUGCAAUCUAGGGCUGGAAGACCAACGAUUUGCGUUGCAAUGGGUCCAUAAGUACAUCCACCUCUUUGGUGGUGAUCCUAGUACCGUCACCGUGAUGGGUGAGUCCGCGGGAGGAGGGUCGAUCAUGUACCAUCUCACCUCUGGCAAUGCCUCCUAUCGACCAUUAUUUCAACGGGCUAUUGCCCAGAGCCCGUACACCAUCAACAUUCCUGCCGCGAUGCAGAGGAGCACAUUGCAAGAAGUGUUCCAGCGAGCAAAUGUGACUUCUUUCGAGCAGUUGAAAGAUCUAUCAACCCAGGCAUUGCAGACGGCCAAUGCACUCGUUGUGGGUAAUGCAAUGCCUUAUGGAACAUUCGUUUUCGGCCCGGUCAGUGACAGGAAUUACCCGGACUACCCUCCAGUUCUUCUAGGCGAGGGUCAUUACCCUGACGAUGUGUCAGUCAUGGCAGGGCACAACACGAAUGAAGGUGUGUUGUUCGCGUCUCCAUUUGUGAAAAACGAUCAAGACUACGCCAACCUCGUAUCGAGCCUAUUCCCCGGCAUCGCACCGACAGGUCUGUCUGUAAUAACAGAUAACUUGUAUCCUGGCAAUUUCAGCGGCGAAUACGGAUAUGUGGACCAGACCGGUCGUGUGGCAUCUACUGUUGGGGAAUCUCUUAUUAGUUGCAACUCAUACUUCCUCGGGAAGGCAUUCGAACGCAGCAAUACCAGCUUCCGGUAUGAGUUCAGUGUUCCCCCGGCUAUCCACGCAGUAGAUCUUUCGUAUACCUUUUACAAUCCUAGCGAGUCGGUAUCUGGCUUGAACGUUACCCUUGCGAAGAUAAUGCAGAGGUACUUUGUGAACUUCAUCACGACAGGGCAGCCUUAUUCUCAUCUUCCAACCGAAAUCCUGGCGGGUGAUAUGAUUCAGAACUUCAACAUAUCUAGGGUUGGACCGAGCAAGGACAAUAUCUCAACCGAGCGCGCAUGCUUAACUCACGGCUAUAACCUGGUCAUUAUACUAAGCUAUGUGCUGAAUUUACGGUUGGCUACUGAGAUCAUUUAUGGACUUGUAUUGGUUAAUUCAAUUGUAGUCAUACAUCUUAACUGGGAGCAAUGA